ACCUGGUCCUCCACUCUACCUAACCUGUUAGAUACCUGGUCCUCCACUCUACCUAACCUGUUAGAUACCUGGUCCUCCACUCUACCUAACCUGUUAGAUACCUGGUCCUCCACUCUACCUAACCUGUUAGAUACCUGGUCCUCCACUCUCCCUAAUCUGUUAGAUACCUGGUCCUCCACUCUACCUAACCUGUUAGAUACCUGGUCCUCCACUCUACCUAACAUGUUAGAUACCUGGUCCUCCACUCUACCUAACCUGUUAGAUACCUGGUCCUCCACUCUGUCUAACCUGUUAGAUACCUGGUCCUCCACUCUACCUAACCUGUUUGAUACCUGUCCCUCCACUCUCCUUAACCUGUUAGAUACCUGGUCCUCCACUCUACCUAACCUGUUAGAUACCUGGUCCUCCACUCUCCCUAACCUGUUAGGUACCUGGUCCUCCACUCUACCUAACCUGUUAGAUACCUGGUCCUCCACUCUACUAACCUGUUAGAUACCUGGUCCUCCACUCUACCUAACCUGUUAGAUACCUGGUCCUCCACUCUACCUAACCUGUUAGAUACCUGGUCCCACUCUACCUACCUGUAGAUACCUGUCCUCACUCUCCCUAAUCUGUUAGAUACCUGGUCCUCCACUCUACCUAACCUGUUAGAUACCUGGUCCUCCACUCUACCUAACCUGUUAGAUACCUGGUCCUCCACUCUCCCUAAUCUGUUAGAUACCUGGUCCUCCACUCUACCUAACCUGUUAGAUACCUGGUCCUCCACUCUACCUAACAUGUUAGAUACCUGGUCCUCCACUCUACCUAACCUGUUAGAUACCUGGUCCUCCACUCUAUCUAACCUGUUAGAUACCUGGUCCUCCACUCUACCUAACCUGUUUGAUACCUGUCCCUCCACUCUCCUUAACCUGUUAGAUACCUGGUCCUCCACUCUACCUAACCUGUUAGAUACCUGGUCCUCCACUCUCCCUAACCUGUUAGAUACCUGGUCCUCCACUCUACCUAACCUGUUAGAUACCUGGUCCUCCACUCUACCUAACCUGUUUGAUACCUGGUCCUCCACUCUACCUAACCUGUUAGAUACCUGUCCCUCCACUCUCCUUAACCUGUUAGAUACCUGGUCCUCCACUCUACCUAACAUGUUAGAUACCUGGUCCUCCACUCUCCCUAACCUGUUAGAUACCUGGUCCUCCACUCUACCUAACCUGUUUGAUACCUGGUCCUCCACUCUACCUUACCUGUUAGAGACCUGGUCCUCCACUCUACCUAACCUGUUAGAUACCUGGUCCUCCACUCUACCUAACCUGUUAGAUACCUGUCCCUCCACUCUCCUUAACCUGUUAGAUACCUGGUCCUCCACUCUACCUAACCUGUUAGAUACCUGGUCCUCCACUCUCCCUAACCUGUUAGAUACCUGGUCCUCCACUCUACCUAACCUGUUAGAUACCUGGUCCUCCACUCUACCUAACCUGUUUGAUACCUGGUCCUCCACUCUACCUAACCUGUUAGAUACCUGGUCCUCCACUCUACCUAACCUGUUAGAUACCUGGUCCUCCACUCUACCUAACCUGUUAGAUACCUGUCCCUCCACUCUCCUUAACCUGUUAGAUACCUGGUCCUCCACUCUACCUAACAUGUUAGAUACCUGGUCCUCCACUCUCCCUAACCUGUUAGAUACCUGGUCCUCCACUCUACCUAACCUGUUAGAUACCUGUCCCUCCACUCUCCUUAACCUGUUAGAUACCUGGUCCUCCACUCUACCUAACCUGUUAGAUACCUGGUCCUCCACUCUCCCUAACCUGUUAGAUACCUGGUCCUCCACUCUCCCUAACCUGUUAGAUACCUGGUCCUCCACUCUACCUAACCUGUUAGAUACCUGGUCCUCCACUCUACCUAAACUGUUUGAUACCUGGUCCUCCAUCCCC